AUGCGGAGCACAUUUAUUGUUAUUGGAGUUUUUCUGCUUUGGAUUUCUAUUAAGCUGUGUUACAAUGAAGCUGUAGUUUUCAAAUUUACAAAUGCAGUUUGUCAGUCCUACAAUGAAUCGUGGGUUCACUUUAACCAAUGUCGUCUGCGAGCUGUUAAUCGCAAUAGGAAUAUUUUAAAUAUUAAUGGAACCAUACUCCAUCCUGUAAACGAUGUAUAUCUCCACCUGCAAAUCUUAAAGAGAGCCAAUGGAUACAAACCCUGGCUUUUUAAUGUGUCCCUUGAUGCCUGCCGAUUUGUGAAGAAGGCUUAUAAUCCAUUUGCAAAGCUCAUUUUUAGUCUCUUUAAGGAAUUCUCCAACUUUAAUCACUCAUGUCCUUAUGUGGGUACGCAGUUAGUUCAAGGAUUUUACCUUCGAUCUGAAAUAUUACAACUUGUAUUUCCAAGCGGCGAUUAUUUACUUGCAAUGACUUGGUAUUUUGAUAAGAAGCCACAAUUCAUAACAAAUGUAUAUUUUGUAUUUACGGAGGAUUUGUCAAAAACUAGUGAUUAA